CAAGCAUCUGGAGCUCCAGUUGAUAGUCGUGACCCUGUUUUUAUCUAACUAACCUGAGACGUGUGAGCUGUCUUGUAGACACAUCAUCACCAUGAUCAGGAGUCUGACAAGGUUACCGAGAUGCCUGGUGGUCCUGUCUCCAGCACAGAGCUGCCGAGGGUUCCAGAGCUCUGCACAGACCCUUCGGCCAAUGGUGCCGAUUGUGGUGGAACAAACGGGGCGUGGAGAGAGAGCCUAUGAUAUCUACUCUCGUCUGCUUAAGGAGAGGAUCAUCUGUGUCAUGGGCCCAAUUUCAGACGAGAUGUCCAGUCUUGUAGUGGCCCAGCUCCUGUUUCUGCAGUCAGAGAGCAACAAGAAACCAGUUCACAUGUACAUCAACAGUCCUGGUGGCUCGGUGACAGCAGGGCUGGGUAUCUAUGACACCAUGCAGUACAUCCUGCCACCUGUGAACACCUGGUGUGUGGGGCAGGCCUGCAGCAUGGCCUCCCUACUACUGGCAGCUGGCACACCUGGCUGUAGACACUCCCUACCCAACUCUCGCAUCAUGGUACACCAGCCGCACGGACAGGCAGCGGGCCAGGCAUCAGAUAUCCUCAUCCAGGCAGAAGAAAUCAGCAAGUUGAAACAACAAAUGAACAAGCUGUAUGUAAAACACACUGGACAGGAGCUUUCUGUUAUUGAGGAAUCCAUGGACCGAGACCGAUUCAUGAGUCCUGUAGAAGCGGAGGCAUUUGGUUUGAUUGACAAGGUGUUGGAACACCCACCGCUCGACAAAGCCGGCGCCGACGUCCCUUCUUCCUAGUGCAUGAAUGGCAGACUCAGAUUCACACCAUUUGUUUGUGUAUUUAUAAGGUGGUUUAAACAGAAUUUAAGUGUCCAAUAUUUCUGCUAAUUAUUUUGAGGAAUCAUUCAUUAUAGUGUCAAUUCCAUUUAUUAUCUAAUGUGAGAUCCCAUAGUACAAACAUAGUAUGAUACAAAGUUGUAAUAAAGUGAUAAAGAGUUCUCA